AUGUCUUAUAAUCGCUUUCUUCGCAUGCUGAAACAACCACAUAUUCUUACUUUUAAUUCCAGGUCUGCAAAUCUUUUAAUAAGAUGUAAAUCCUCAAAAGCAGAGGCAUUUUUGAGUGGUACCAACGCAAACUUCUUAGAGGCUCAAUACUUAGACUGGUCGAAAUCGAAGGGAACCGUUGAUUCCACGUGGGAUGGUUUUUACGAGAGUGUCAGUGGCCCAAUGUUAAAAAUUGAAGAAUUCGAAGACGAAUUUAGCCCGCGGUCAGUCAAGUUAAAGUCAGAGAAGGCAGACGAUAAAGAGGAAAAGGAACGAAUAAAAUUACACCUAGCAGUACAAAAUCUAAUUAGAAGCUAUCAGACACGAGGUCAUCUCCUAGCUAAGACCGAUCCACUGAUGCUUACAAUAGGUGCUCGAUGGAUUCUCAAGUCUCAAAACGCACCGUUGGCCAUGAAAGGGUUGGAGUGUCGUGUGGUUUCGAGAGAGCUUGGAACUGUUUUGUGUGAAAAACAUAUGGAUACAGUUUUUGAAUUACCAGACCGAACCUUUAUUGGUGGCACAGAAAGUGCAUUAACUCUGAGAGAGAUAAUAAGUCGUUUAGAGAACGUAUACUGUAGUUCAAUCGGAGUGGAAUAUAUGCAUUUGUACGAUCUGGAUUGCAUACAAUUUAUACGCGAGCGUAUGGAAGCACCUGGAGCAUUCGAAAAGUCUGCUGAGGAGAAAAGGAUCAUCAUGCGACGCCUUACUAAGGCUGUUUUUUUGGAGAAGUACUUCGCAACUAAGUGGCCUGCAGAGAAGCGGUUCGGUUUAGAAGGAGGAGAGAGUAUGAUAGCAAUGUUGGAGGAAAUUGUGGACCACGGAACUAACCUUGGUGUAGAAUCUAUUGUUAUGGCCAUGCAGCAUAGAGGUCGACUCAACAUGUUAGUUAACGUGUGCCGCAAGCAACUUACAGAUAUAUUCGCUCAAUUUAAGCCAAUGGAACCAAAAGAACCGGGAUCAGGCGACAUCAAAUACCAUCUCGGCACGUUCAUCCAUCGAUUUAUCCGGAGGACGAACAAAUACAUCAAGGUGUCUAUGAGUUGCAAUCCCUCUCAUUUAGAAGUUGUUUCUCCGGUUGUAAUUGGGAAAGCGCGCGCUGAGCAGCAUUGGAAAGGAGAUAAUAAUGGAGACAAGGUUAUGGCAAUUAUCAUGCAUGGCGAUGCAGCAUUUUCAGGACAGGGCGUUGUGUACGAAACGAUGCAUCUCGGCAACUUGCCCAACUUCACUACACAUGGUUCUAUUCAUAUCGUGUGCAACAAUCAAAUUGGCUACACGACUGACCCAAGAUUCGCCAGAAGUUCGCCAUAUUGUUCAGAUGUUGCAAAAUGUGUUGAUGCACCGGUUCUGCAUGUGAAUGGAGAUGAUGCGGAAGCAGUAGCGCACGUCGCUAAAAUAGCGAUUGAGUUUCGAUGUAAGUUUAAGAAAGACGUUGUUAUUGACUUGGUCUGCUACCGCCGCUUCGGACAUAGCGAAGAAGACGAACCUAUGUUCACACAACCCUUAAUGUACAAGAAAAUAAAGAGCAUGCAAACUGUGGACAAGAUAUAUAGUGAAAAGCUAAAAGCGGAAGGCAUAGUAACAGAUGCAGAUAUUAAGGGUUGGGAAAAGGAAUAUAUGGACACAUUAAACAAACAUUUUGAGCUCGCAAAAAAGAUAACCAAACUAAGUAUUAUGGACUGGGUCGAUACGCCCUGGACUGGAUUCUUUGAAGCUACUGAUCCUAAAAAGGUCCGAGAAACUGGUAUUAGUGAGACAUCACUUGCCACGAUAUCACAACACUUCUGCAAGCCACCAGAGCCUUGGGCGUUCGAAAUUCAUAAGGGCAUUCACAAAAUGUUAGAGAAACGGGGAAAAAUGGUAAAAUCUGGUGUAGCAGAUUGGGCCAUGGGAGAAGCUUUAGCCUAUGGUUCACUGUUACGAGACAAGAUUCAUAUCAGGCUGACGGGUGAAGACGUUGAGAGAGGAACAAUGGCUCAUAGGCAUCACAUCUACCACCACCAGCGCGUUGAUGGCGCAACCUACAGAGUGCUCGACACAUUGUAUCCAGAUCAAGCAUUAUACAGUUUACACAACAGUUCACUAUGCGAAUUUGGUAUUCUUGGAUUUGAAGUCGGUUAUUCCUAUUCAAGUCCCUUUCUUCUUACUAUUUGGGAAGCUCAAUAUGGGGACUUUGCGGAUACGGCACAGCCAGUAUUCGACACAUUUAUUGCCAAUGGGGAAAGCAAGUGGGUAUGUCAAUCUGGGAUAGUGGUGCAAUUACCUCAUGGGAUAGAUGGAGCUGGCCCUGAACAUUCAUCAGCUCGCGUAGAACGCUAUCUUCAACAAGCAGAUGAUGACGAAGACGCCAUUCCCGAUUUGGACGAUAAAGACAUGGCCUUCGCCAUUACUAUAGACGAAUUGCGCAAAGAAAAGAAGUUAGAAGAUAAGAUUGCUUUGUGUCGCAUUGAACAACUUUAUCCGUUUCCUUACGAUUUGGUGCUUGAAGAGUUCUGUAGAUACGAAAAAGCGAAAGUCGCAUUUUGUCAAGAAGAGCACAAAAACCAGGGACCCUGGCCCUUUGUGAGAGCACGACUUGAAAAUCUUUUAGGAAAGAAAGUAGAAUGUAUAUCAAGACCACCCAGCUCGGCAUCUGCUACUGGAAUUAAAUGGAUACAUGCAAAAGAACUUAAAGAGCUAAAAGAGAAUAUUAUAGCUCUA